AUGACUGUCGAUGCAUCUCAAAAAGAGGCGGAAGCGACAGGCCCUGGGAUACAUUUUAUCCCUCAAUCUCCUGACGACACAGUUCAUGGUGAAAAAGCCCCAGGCGAAGAGCUAAAUCAAAGGCUAGACGCGAUCUAUGACGAAGAGCCGUUAGGAUUCGAGAAAGAUCCAAUGGCGCCAAACAUAAAAAUGUUAGCCCAAGACCCACUUGAAGAAGUAAAUCUGGGAGACAAAAAUCAGAAAAGGGUAACAUACAUCAGUGCGAAGUUAGAUCCAGCUUUGAAAUCGGAAGUCAUUGCGUUACUCAAAGAAAAUAAAGAUUUGGUUGAGAAUCCUCAGCAAUAUGUAGAGUUGAAGCCUUGGAAGCUAUACUUCGAUGGUUCAACAUAUAAAGAAGGAAGUGGCGUUGGGAUGCUAAUAAUUUCUCCUAAUGGAAUUCCAACAAAGCUCAAGUACAAGAUUGAAGGCCCCUUAUGCUCUAACAAUGAAGCUGAGUAUGAAGCACUGAUUACUGGACUUGAAGCUUUGCUAGAAUUGGUGGCAACCAGAGUCGAAAUUAAAGGAGACUCAGAAUUAGUGAUUAAGCAGCUGACGAAGGAAUACAAAUGCAUCAAAGAGAAUUUGAUCAUGUAUUUCGUCAUAGCAAAUAGACUGUUUAAAAAAUUCGAGUAUGUGGAGUUAAAGCACGUCCCAAGGAUAAAUAAUCAGGAAGCAAAUGACUUGGCACAAUUAGCCUCAGGGUACAGAGUAUCGAAAGGAAAAUUAGAGGAACUGGCAAAGCAAUGA